CGUCCGCCCCCGGCAGCUUCCUUCCCUCUUUCCCUGCCUUCCUGCUGCCUUUCGGCCCCGAGCGCUCCGGCGGGACCGCGCCGGCGACAUGGGUGGAAAAACUUCUGGCAAGUCGGUGCUCUGCUUUGGCUUCCCUUUGAGCAUUUUCUUCAUCGUCAUCAAUGAGUUCUGCGAGCGGUUCUCCUACUAUGGCAUGAAAGCUGUACUCACUUUGUAUUUCACACGUUUCCUGCACUGGGAAGACAACUUUGCCACUGCCAUCUACCACACAUUUGUUGCUCUGUGUUACUUGACGCCGAUCCUUGGAGCAAUCAUUGCGGACUCUUGGCUGGGAAAGUUCAAGACUAUUCUCUACCUGUCCAUUGUCUAUGCAAUUGGGCAGGCAGUGCUGUCUGUGGGCUCCAUAAAUGACCUGACGGAUCACAACCAGGAUGGCUCUCCUGAUGCUAUUGCAGUGAACAUUGCUCUGUCCAUGGUUGGCUUGAUCCUUAUUGCCUUAGGUACUGGUGGGAUCAAACCGUGUGUGUCAGCAUUUGGUGGAGAUCAGUUUGAAGAUGAUCAGGAAAAGCAAAGAAGUACCUUCUUCUCUCUCUUUUAUUUGUCUAUUAAUGCUGGAAGUCUCUUAUCUACUUUAAUCACUCCAACUAUCAGAGCUUCACAGUGUGGCAUUCAUACCAAACAGGAAUGUUAUCCGCUUGCUUUUGGAGUUCCUGCUAUCCUCAUGGCUGUUGCCUUGGUUGUGUUCGUAAUUGGAAGCAAAAUGUACAAGAAAGUUAAACCGCAAGGAAAUAUAAUGCUUGAAGUUUCCAAGUGUGUUGGAUUUGCCAUCAAAAACAGGUUUCGGCAUCGCAGCAAGGAGUUCCCCAAGAGAGAGCACUGGCUGGACUGGGCAAGUGAGAAGUAUGAUAAACGACUGAUUGCUCAGAUAAAGAUGGUGUUGAGGGUGCUUUUCCUUUACAUCCCUCUCCCCAUGUUCUGGGCAGUUUUUGACCAGCAGGGGUCAAGAUGGACACUGCAAGCCACGUCAAUGAAUGGGGAUUUUGGUUUUCAAAUUCAACCAGACCAAAUGCAGAUUGUGAAUCCUAUCCUGAUUGUUGUAAUGGUCCCAGUUGUAGAUUCUGUGGUUUAUCCUUUAAUCAAGAAAUGCAAGCUGAAUUUUACGCCCCUGAAGAAGAUGACCGUGGGGAUGUUCCUCGGCUCGAUGGCUUUUGUUGCUGCUGCCCUCGUGCAAGUGCAAAUAGAUAAAGCCUAUCCUGUUUUCCCUGCAGCUGGGCAAACUCAAAUUAAGUUAAUAAAUCUGGGUACUGUUCCUGCAACAGUUCAUUUCCAGCCUCAACUUCAGAGUGUGGAUGUAGAACCUCAUAAGGAGACUGGCUACAUGACAUUUGAGACUUCUAAGCUGCACUCAUUAGACAUAAUUGCUGCAAAUCAAAAUAAAACUGAGCUUUUGGAGCUGCAAGAGGGACAACGCUACACUUUGGCAUUUAAACAGGGUCCAACACGCAUCAGUUCUACUUGGAGAGAGGACAAUGUCACAUCAAAACCAAAAGAUGGAAAAAGUCUCGUCAGGUUCAUAAACAAUUUCAGUUUUACUAUCAAUGUUACUAUGGGUGACAUGGAUUUUGGAGAACUGGAUCCUCUUUCUGUUAGUGAUUACAGUGUCGUUCCAAAUGCAGGCUGGUCAUAUGUCAUUAAGGCUUCAAUGCCUCAGUACACUUGUGCAGUUGAUUCAAAGGAAUUUGGAUAUGGUGCUGCCUAUACCAUUUCACUUGAUGAUUGUGUUGAAAAUAAACUGGUCAUUACACACUUUGAAGAUAUUGCACCAAAUACAGUCCAUAUGGCUUGGCAGAUCCCUCAGUAUUUUCUUCUUACAUGUGCAGAAGUAUUGUUCUCUGUCACUGGGUUGGAAUUUUCGUACUCACAGGCUCCAUCUAACAUGAAGUCAGUGCUGCAGGCUGGAUGGCUGCUGACUGUGGCUGUUGGUAACAUAAUUGUCCUUAUUGUGGCUGGGGCAUCUGCAAUCCAACAGCAGUGGGCAGAGUAUGUGCUGUUUGCUGCCCUGCUGUUGGCAGUUUGCAUCAUUUUUGCUAUCAUGGCUUCUUUUUAUACCUAUAUUGAUCCAAAUGAGAUUGAAGCCCAGUUCAGCAAGGAAGAAAAGGAAGAAGACAAGAAGGAUCAAGACAGCAAUGAAAAGGAAGCUGAAACUGAUUCUCGACUGUAAAGCUGUAUUCAAGGAGUGUUUCUAAAUCAUGGAAUCAUGGAAAUCUCACUCUCCUGCAGUCAGAGGAAUCAGGGUAUCAGUAAUAUCACCUCUGGAUUACAUGUCUUGUGGGAGACAUUAAGCAAAACUGUUUUGACUUAAAGAGCAGCCUCUCUAAGGAAGCAACAGGAAAAUAUUAGUCUCUCCCUUGUACUGAAUGUGGUAUCCUGAAGAAACUCCAGCAGAAGUUGCACUCUUAAUGUACCUCAAUCUUAAAUAUUAUUGCAUUAUAAUAUUGAAAUUAGACUUGGAACUAUUGGACCCUUUGAAAAGAUGUAUUUUUAUACUGUAUUUCAAUUUUAUAUUGUGGAAGAAACAAGACUUGUCAAGAAACAGCAAUUGAAGCUAAGUUCUCUGCAUGAUCUCUAGCAUCACUGUUACUUGAAAACAGCAGGUCACACGUGCCUUAAAUUCUUUUAUACUUCCUUGUAGAUAACAGGAGCAGAGCUCUGGCAGUGAUCAGAUUCAAAUGUUGUCUGUGUUCCAAGUGGCAGUAAGUUGGAUGUGCACUGUAAUAUAAUGCUUUAUCUGCCUGUUAACUACCCAUUCAAGUCCUGUUAUGUCUUUAGUUAAUAUUAGAAGUGCCCACUCAGGUAAAAUGAUAACAGCAAAUGACCUUUGGAACAAGCAAGAGCAAUAAAACUUCCAUACUGACAAAACAAGGAAAGUGUUUUAAGAACAUGGCUUACAGUUGCAUGGUAACAAAACUCAAUACCACCUCCGUGGUGCCUUUAUCUGCACACUCUAUCAAAGCUAACGGAUCAGUGCUGGUCUUCUCUGUUUGAAUACACCCUAACACUUUUGUGUGAGGUCUUUUUGAACCUCAUACCAUUGGCCACUGCCCAUAGAUCCCUGCUAACCAGACCCCUCUGCAGAGCCUUCCUACCCUACAGCAGAUCAAAACUCCCAUCCAGCUUGGUGUCCUCUGCAAACUGACUGAGGGAGAAUUUGAUCCCCUUGUCCAGGUCAUCAAUAAAGUUAUUAAACAGGACUCUUCCCUGUACUCUGGAGGUAACUCCAUCCCCUACCCCUCCUGACAGUUUUUUACCCUGUAAAGAGUGCACCUGUCCAAGCCAUGGGCUCCCAGCUUUUUCCACAGAAUUCUGUGGGAGACAGUGACAGAGGCUUUACUGAAUUCUGGGUAGACAACACCCCCAGCCUUCCCCUCAUCCACGGAGUGGAUCACCUUGUCAUAGAAGGAAAGCAGGUUGGUCAAGCAGGACCUGCCUUUCCUAAACCUCUGCUGACUGGGCCUGAUCUCCUGCACGUGCCGUGUGAUCACACUCAAAAUAAUCUGUUCCAUAACAUUCCUUAAGCACUGAGGGCAGGAUGACAGGCUGCUGGAAUCCUCCUUCUGACCUUUCUAGCAGAUGAAUGUCACACUGGCUAGCCAGCAACUACUUCCUAAUUAUUGCAGAUGCUAAUCAGACAGAUUUGCUUUUGCUGGCAGAUGUGCUGGGAUGAAAGAGCUGGUUUUCCCUUCAAUGCCAAAAUGAUCAUAAGACCUUCCAAAACACUCAUAAGGAGAAUAUCUGCAGUGAAAGCGGCUCUGUCUCUGUAACACUAUUGUUGUAUUUUGGGGGUGAGGGGAAAUAAAAUUUGAAACUAUGGAAGAUGCAUAACUAAACAAAAUAAUGAAUAAAAAUUAUCCAAGGGCUAAGCACGAAAUAUUGAGGCACUGUAACAUCACUGGUUCUCAACCUGCUGUUGCAAUCCCUCAUCUGACCUGCUGCUGCUGUAAGUGGCAAAUAAAACUCUCAUGAGAUUAAGAUGAAAUUUCAGAUGUCUGCUCAUGUGAAAAUGUGUUUAUCCUCCUUCUGUGAGAUUCAGAGGACUGCAAUGUAUCUUCCUGUCUGAGCUUUUUUUCCAUCUUAGCCCAUAAAGGGCUUUUUAAAAA